AUGUAUGUGCUGAAAAAUCCCGGUACUGCCUGGCAAAAAAUAGGAUGCUAUUUCAGACACGUACAUGUGCCCAAGGAAAUGCUUCGCCUCAUUCCAAAGGAUCGACUGAUGUCUGAGAAAGAGUGGCGCAAUCUUGGUAUCCAGCAGAGUGCGGGAUGGGUUCAUUAUAUGAUCCAUUCCCCGGAGCGUCAUGUAUUGUUGUUCCGUCGUCCUUUGCCUAAAAACGGGGAAUACGAGAACAAAAACAACGCCUACAAUGGUGCGAUCAAUAAGAAUUGA